CUGCUGGACGCUCAUUGGCUCUUUUUACUGCCACUUGUACCCUGUGUACCUCUGUAGGUAACAGCGCGUCUUCCUAUGGAGAGGAUUUUGUUUGGUGGCAACUAACCCGCGCGGGGUUAGUGUGUUCACUUAUGCCAUUGUUUUUAUACUAAGUGUUGCUAUCUGAGUUCAUUAUGUGCUCUUUCUCGCGCGGGGCUAAGUCAUAAUGUGACGUAAGCUGCGCGAGGCUGUUAUUAUCAAGUUGUUAUGCUAAGGAGUAUGGUCUCACGUGCAACCUGUUAUGAGGUUUGCGCGACUUUUUGGGACCAUACCCCUUCAAGUCCCCCCAGUCCAGUGCUGCACCAUGCGCAACGCAAGUGGUUGGAGCUCUGGACUUGAUAAAAAUAAGAGAAGGGGAAGUUGUCCUUUUAAUCGCGCGAGGUGUUAGCAGUUUACGUAUAUCUGGCGCGACUCUUGUGACUUCUGCAUGAAGUUACUUGCACGUUUUAUGGCGGGAAACUUCGAAACUUGAACCUCUGACAGGUUGGUGAGAUAAGUCGCUGAGAGCGACGCUUGAGUUGACCCCUGGCACGGAUGUCAUCAUGCCGCCUGCGGCGGUUGCACUUCAUGUCAGGAGAGUGGACGCCACGCGCGCGUGGUAACCGUCGUCCCUGCUUUUCCGCUUGACGUGGCAACCUCUCGUUGGUUGCCCCUGCGGCGAGUGCGGCACGGUUACCCAUCGCAUUAAAUGCGAUGGGUAUAUAUAUCCGAAGAGAAAGGUGAGAGAUUCACUUUCUCUUCGUUUCUUCUCCCUUUUUCUCUUUGAGUCUUCAUAUUGUUCUUCAUCUUCUUCAAACUUUCUUCAAAUCUUCAAACUUUCUUCAAGUUUUUUCCAGCUUUUUCUUGAAAUAUGAGCGAAGAACAUCAAGAAGCUCCUGCUAGUGAGGAGGGGCCAGUCCCAGUCCUGAGAUGGGACUUAGGUUUAUUCGAACAGAUCGUUCGAAGUUUUAGGUUUCCACCGGAGUGGGAUGCCCGGUACCCUGCUCAGGGUCAGACCGCGGCUGAUGCCCCCCCCGGUUACAUUACUUUGUUCGAAGACUUCUUCCUUCAAGGAAACUUCCGGCUGCCGGCGACUAACUUCUUUGGUAGCAUAUUGUCCUACUACAAGUUUCAUAUCUCACAGUUAAGCCCACCUGGGAUGGUGAGGGUGAGGCACUUUGAGUUCUUGUGUCAAUCUCACGGCAUUGAGCCGACGGUGAAUAAGUUUCGUGUCUUCUAUCAACUGCAAAGAACAAUGGGGUUCUUUUCUUUUGCUAGCCGUGGUACGGCUAAGAAGAUUUUGUUGAAUCCUCCCAAGAGUUUCCAUGACUGGAAACCCAAGUUCUUCUUCAUCCGGGAGGAAGUCUUGCCAAUAGCUAUGCCGUUUAGGGAAUGGACCGAGGUUAUACCAAAGGAGGACCUUCCUAUACCGAAGUCUGCUCAGUGGUAUCAGCAACUUACCGCAACCCCUAACCGGGUAUUUGGGGAGAAUGUUCUGGUUGCUGCCAAGAUGAGUGACCAGUGGUCACCUAGUAGCAGGGAACUCCCGGUCUUGAAGAUCGGGGAUCAAGAGACGCAACUCUAUCAGGCUGCCUUCCCAGCCUUUGGUGGCUCCAUGGGCGUUCGCCCUCUGCGCGAUGAUGAGGAAGGCUGGUAUGACCAGAUAAAGGGGAACUUCAUGUUUCCUGCUGCUGACGCCUUCGCCUCGCCGCCGGAUGCAACUGAAGGUGUGUUGCGCGAUCUGGGGGUUGACCCAGAGGAGAAGAAGAAGAAACCUUCGAAGAAGAAAAAGAAGGCGGAUGUUGAAGUGACCAGCAAGGGUCCUGGCGCCAGUCGCGCAACUACUGCUGCUGUCAAAGCUAUGGGAAAGACUGGCGCUGGUGGGUCAAAGGGCUCUGGGAGCGCGGGUUCUCGUAACCCCGAUGCUGACGCAACUCCAUCUCAACCUGAGGAUGAAGAAGAAGAGGAAGAAGAGACUGCCCCGUUGAUUGGAAGAAAGAGGGGUAGAAGCGAGGCGACAACUGGUAUGGCCUCUGCGCCUGUUUCAGUUGUUAUUCCCGUUGUUGGGAAGAAGAGCAAGUUGCGCUCGUUAUACCAGUUUUCUCCUGAGAUCAAGAAGAAGACCCCUGAAAAGGGGGUUAAGUUUGUUGAACCUAGCACGAAAAGACCUAAGGUUGCCACUGAACCUUCCGAUUCUGCUGCGCGUGAUGCUGCGAAAACUGCUGAAGCGCAGCGAAAGGCAGAAGAGGAUCGGAGGAAAGAAGAGAGUAGGAUUGCUGCGCAGAAGAAGGCUGAAGAGCUAAAGCGCAAAGAAGAGGAAGAGAAAAAGAGGAAAGAGGAGGAGGAGAGAAAGCUGGAGGCGGAGAGGAAGAGGAAAGCGGAAGAGGAGAGAAAGCUGAGGGAAGAGGCGGAUAGGCAGAGGAAGGCGGAAGAGGCGAGGAAAGAAAGAGCUGCCGAUCAGUCUUCUGUUCAAGGGCAGUCUGGUGUCCCAAAACCUCCCCCUGCUGCGCCGAUUGUUACUUCUAAGGGGUUAGGGCGCUAUGUGUCUAGUGGUGCAAGCUCUGGAAGAGCUGGGGGCUAUAACCCCAAUGUGAUAGGUGCGAAGGAUACCGUCGGGGACAUAUAUUAUAAAACUUAUACUGAAGCGGAACGUGGUGAUGCUCCUCAUCAAGCCCCUUGGAGCUUAAGGCAGAAGGAUACGUUUGUUGAAUUUGGUCCUUCUCGCGAUUGGUACUUGAACCAAUUCACCCCUGGCGAAGUUAACCGUCAAAAGGCGAAGCCGCAUGAAAUGUUGUACCGCACUUACAUUCUUGCCGAGGCCAACGCUCGAUCUGCUAACCAUCAGAUAGUUCGCUAA